UUUUGGGACAUUGUGAAAGAAAGAAGGUCCAAAAAGGCACUGCAGCUCAAACGGACGAUCCGAAGAAUAAUAAAGAAACACCCAUUUCAUCUCUCUCUGUAGAAACAUCCUCAGUAAAACAAAGAUUUUUAUGUAUAUAUAAUAUAUAUAAAGAAGAAAAAGAAAAGGAGAAAAGUUGUGCUCUGUUUCAUUUCAGCCACUUUCUUAUCAAUCUACAGAGACAAUAUAAUUUUUUUGUUGUUUAUUUUACUCCUUUUUUUUUGGUUUCUGGGUUUCUAAUCUUUUUGUGCUAAACGAUCCUGAGGUGGGUUUGGUCUUAUUUCAAUGGAAAUGCUUUAGAUAAGCCAGUUAUAUACAUAAAUAUUACAGAGAAAUCUGAAAAAGAUAAAAAGAACAGAUUUUGAUACAAAGUGUGUGGGGUGAUCAUGGCGGUUGCUGAGAAUGCUAGUCAAAAUUUUGAGAAUACUACUACUGUAGUAUCAUCGGAGGGCUCAAAUGCGGAGAAUGAUCUUGAAAAAUCAAAACCCAGGAAUGAUUUUGUGGAGAACAAGAGUGAUCAGAAGGAAAAACCAGCGGCAACGAAUUUUUCAGUGGACACAGGGAAUUACAAGGCUCAGAUGGGACAGAUGGCAAAUGGGUUUGACUCCAAUGGGGCCAAGAGCCAGCAGAUGGGGAUGGUGAAGUCUACUGGUGUUGGUUCUGAUGGUGGGUAUGAGAUGGCUAAUGGGUUGGUGGUGAGGAAUGGAGAGGAUGAGAGCGAGAAUUUUAAGAGGGAGAUGAGUGAUAUGAGGGAUUUGGAGGAAUUGUUGUCUAAGUUGAAUCCUUUGGCUGAGGAAUUUGUGCCUCCUUCUCUUGCUAACAAUCAUGGAUACUUUGGUGCUGGUGGGUUUGGAUAUGCUAACAAUUUUGUUCUGACUAAUUUUGGCAAUGCCAACGGACUCAUGAGUAGAAGGAGGAAGAAUGGCUAUAUUCAGGGCAAGCGAAGGAUGAAUGGUAGAAUGACUCCGGCGCAGAGAGAGGCAAUGAUUAGGAGAACUGUUUAUGUUUCUGACAUUGAUCAACAGGUUACUGAAGAACAGCUUGCAGCUCUCUUUCUUGGUUGCGGCCAGGUAGUUGUUGAUUGUCGUGUUUGUGGUGAUCCUAACUCCAUUCUCCGUUUUGCCUUUAUCGAGUUUACUGAUGAAGAGGGUGCAAGGGCUGCAUUGAGUCUGUCAGGUACUGUGCUAGGAUACUACCCAGUAAGAGUUCUGCCUUCUAAAACAGCAAUUUCACCAGUCAACCCAACAUUUUUGCCAAGGUCUGAGGAUGAACGGGAGAUGUGCUCAAGAACUAUUUAUUGUACAAAUAUUGACAAGAAGGUCACCCAAGCAGAUGUUAAACUCUUCUUUGAGUCACUUUGUGGAGAGGUUCAACGCUUGAGGCUCCUGGGAGACUAUCAUCAUUCAACUCGAAUUGCUUUUGUUGAGUUCACAGUGGCUGAAAGUGCAAUUGCAGCUCUUAACUGUAGUGGUGUGGUUUUGGGAUCGUUGCCAAUAAGGGUAAGCCCGUCAAAGACGCCUGUGCGGCCUCGUGUUCCUCGCCCCCAGCUGCACUGAAUCAUCUUUCCAUGUUUCCGGACUCAUUUACCGCUGAUAGUUUAUAUCUACAUAUAUACAUAGUUACAGAAUUACUUUUAAGGGACUUGUGGAGUUUAUAUCUGUCCUUUUGUUCUUUGCAUUGCAAUCGGGUAUCUUUGUUACCUAGAGGGGUUAUGGGCUAUUUGUCUAGCUUGUAGAGUUGGAUGGGAUUUUGAGGCUCGUGAUGGCUUAACUUUAUGUUGCACAAGGUGAUGAAUUCUGUAAGCAUGUUCCCAGAAAAACUAAUGCUGGUCGGAUGUUCUAACUGGAAAAUUCUUGGUAGAAACUAUUUACAUCCUGUUCUUCAUGAUCUUU